GCGGCCCCGGGGGCCGAGGGCCGCAAGCCGCAGGCAGCGGCGCGCUGACAGCGCAGGGCUGCGCGGAGCCGCCGCCUCCCGCCGCCGCGGCCGGAGCGAGCGCGGAGGCUGCCCGCUGCCUGCCCGCUGCUGUGCUCUCCUGCCCGCUGCCUGCCCGCUGUUGUGCUCUCCUGCCUGCUCCUACCCGCUGCCUGCCUGCCUGCCCGGCGGCAGCUCGGGGCCGGUGCGAACGGCGGGCGCCGCGGGUGACCGGGACGGAGAGGUUGAAGAACAAUGGCUUCCUUCAGCAACCUGACUAUUGGCAUUGCUCUUGCCAGUUUUACUGUAUUUCAGCUCUUGUUCCACGUUGUAAGUUCUUGGGUGUCAGCACAAAUAACACCUGGUUUUAACAAUCUCAGCCAAAAAAGGAAGAUCGAAUGGAAUUCAAGGACAGUGUCCACAUUCCACGCCCUGGUGGUUGGAGGGUUUUGCCUUUAUAUUUUAUUGUACGAUGAUGCUGUUAAUGCUGACCAUCUCUGGGGUGACCCUUCAAUUGUGAAGCUGAAUAUUGCUAUUACCACAGGCUACCUCAUUUCUGAUCUGUUGCUUAUUAUUUACUACUGGAAGGCAAUUGGUGACAAAUUUUUUGUAAUACAUCACUUGGCAGCUCUGUAUGCUUACUAUUUUGUACUGAGCAAAGGUCUGCUGGCUUAUUUUGGAAACUUCCGUCUCCUUGCAGAGUUCUCCACUCCUUUUGUCAAUCAGCGGUGGUUUUUUGAAGUACUGGGAUAUCCCAAAUCUUCAAAGGCCAACAUCAUCAAUGGUGUGCUGAUGACAGUUGUGUUCUUCGUGGUGAGGAUUGCCGUCAUGCCUGUGUAUUACAGCCACGUAAUUUCUUCAUUUGGAACAGAAGGUUUCCAGAGAUUAGGAUUUGCAGCCCAGAGCGCCUGGAUGAUCUCAAGCGUUGUCUUGGAUAUUAUGAAUGUGAUGUGGAUGGUCAAAAUUGCAAAAGGAUGCUACAAGGUCAUUCGUCUUAUUGGACAGGAGGAAGCGAAAACUCAUAGAAAUGGAAAAUCUGCCUAGAAAUCAUACAUAAAUGAAAUUUCUGCUAUGAAAAUAAUUUGGGUUCACUGAAACAGUGCACAUUUCUGCCAUGGAAUGCUCCUAUUAUGGAAACAAGGUAUUACCUCUGUACUGACCUUACUCUUUCCCUAGCCACACUGCCUGCACGCCCAGGGCCACGCUUUGCGGAUCCUGUCCUGUGAGGAAUAAAAGCAAAAGCUCACACAGAUGAGUUCCACAUGCCUGUUGUAAGCAGUUGCAAGCAUCAGAAAUUAGAAAGGAGCAGACUGGUUACUGCUUAUUGUCCACCAGUGUGUUCAAAGUGUUUCUCUCAGGUUUCUCUGAUUAAAAAGUUUUAUAAAUCCAGUGAAUACUGACAUAUCUGUUUUUUUAGAAAAUGAAAAAUUCCCCAAACUCCUGAUAUGGUGCAAUUUUCCAGGCACGUUUCUAUGUUUUCUUCUAGGAAUAACAAUCAAGAUUUCAUUCUUGACAACUUUUUAAUUUUUGCAAGAAAAGAUAAAAAUUUGGCUUUGAUUCUAUGAAGUCUUUUACUGCUUUUUGUUCUGCCUUAUAUGAAUGCAAACUCUUUGGGAAAUUUUGAAAUAAUUUUAUCUAAAAUGCUGUAUUAUAAGACCACAUGAUAUCUUAAGAGCUGUUAGAAUUCUCACAUUGAUGGGAAGGAUUCCCAUGUGCUGUCCUAGGUUACAUGCAAUAGUACAUCUUCUAAAUUCCCCGUGGAACAUUUUUUGUAAGUUAAUAUGGUAGAUGAUGUGUGGAAAUGGCCUAGUUCUUACUGAAGUGCUCUUUCCUUUGCUGCUACUACCUCUGAGAAGUGCUGCUGUUCUUCUCAGAGUAUUUUUAACCAUUGGCUAUUUGGAUUCAGUUUAAUUGCAAAGAUAUAAAAAUCAUCUGUAUUUGUGAUGUGUAACUUUAAGUAAUACUUUUUUCUUUUAUCACAAAAGUGACCUGUUUGAUAUCAACCAUUGAGGGUUUUUGUCACAUUUUCCUUGUUAAUCAAGUUAGAAAUCCGAGGUGUGACUAAGAAUAUUCUUGAAUUAACUGUGCCAAACUCCUCUGAAACUGUAUGGUAAUUCUGUAGAAGGAACAGUUGACCUCUGUAGACACAAUUUUUUUUUUUGUUGUUUUAAACCACACAUUUGUCAAGAGAUAAUCAGUUACUCUGUUUGAACUUGAAGGCUUGGAGGUCAUCAGAGAGGAAUCUCACCACCUAGGAAUAGUCCUAAAUCUCAUUUGUAAUACAAUUUGAGGAAAUUCUGAGUUAUGCCUUAUUUAAAAUGAUUUUGAGAGCUACAUUUAUGUGUAAAUUUGUUUUGGUUUACUUCUUUUAUCCAGAAUUGUGACUGAUUAACUUCUGGUUUUUUCCUUGGUCUAGGUGUGGUAAAAGAGUCCAUUUUCACUGCGACUUCAGUUCACACCCCGAUUAUUGUAGCAAUCUGUUAAAGCAAUUUCUUUUUAAACAGAAAGGUAGCAUGUUUACCCCGUGUUGUGUGAUUAGUCCUGUUCCCUCUGACAAAGCUGGGUGACGUGAGCUCUCCCCUCCGUAGUCAGAGGUGUGAGUGCCCUGUGCUGUCCUCCCUGGGGAGGAACUGGGCACUCCCUUCAUCCAGAAAUGGCAUCUGAGACCCAGGAGAACUGCAUAGGCUGAAAUGCCUCCUCACCAAGGCAGCUGCCCUGAGUUCAGUUCCCCAGUGGAAAUGCUGUCAGGGAGUAUUGUGUGGACUUGUGUAAAAUGCACUUUUGAAAGCCUAGUUCCAUUGCUCAGCUCGGCAGGCUUUUUGCUAAAAGUUUCCCAGUCCUGCCUUGUUGAGGGAGAUAGCAAGGAUUGGCAGCACUUGUGGUUUUGGAUCCCGUGGUUAUUAACACUUCACAGCCUGCACAAAAAACCUAUUUAUGCCUUGGGAGAGUUAACAAUUCAUCUGUAGGGCUGUAUGAUCUGAGUGAGUGCAGUGCCUCCUUUGGGUACCAGUAAAUCCACAGUCUUUGAGAGUCCAUCCUGGGACUUGCUUUGCUCAAAGCAACAGACUCUCUUUUAUGCUCAUUUGCAGAACCUGGUAUCUUUUAAAAUGUGAUUUCAGUGUACCUGAUGCAAAAUUGUAAAAAGGCUGUGUUUCUAUCACCUUUGUGAUUUAAAGGUGUAUAUUAAAUACUCUUUUCUUUUCUUUUUACAUCACUAGAUCCCUGUGAUUAAUAGUUUUGUAAAAGCUUAUUCCUUUCUAAAAUUGAGUGAAUUCAAACAUUUUGGAAAAGUAUGCUUGAAAAUAGAAGUCUGCUUUUCUUCUUAGGGAAGUAGGAUGAAAAAAUUGACAAGAUGAUUUGGAGAAACUCUUAGAGUGAUAAUUCAUGAAAAGUUUCUGAAAUUUAUAAUUUCUUACAUUGAUUUUAAUAUUUCAGUAUUUUAAAUAUUUUGUUGUCAGUGGAGGCCAUUUAUUAAAAUGGCCUACUACUUCUGCUUCUAGAUAGACUUGUGUUUGAUAGGGGAAAAAAAAAAGUAAGUCAAGCUGUAAUAAAAUUGAUGUUAAAACUAGAUUUAGAAGCAAAAAACAAUCCAAAACUCUGCAUACUACACUUUGGCCAACCAUCUAGGAUUGAAGGGCAGUGUGAUAAUUCUUUAGAACAGCUAGUAUUUUGGAUUGCUGCACAAAAGUGUAAUUGAAAGUCUAUUUUGCAAUGCAUUAGCUCUAAAUUUUAUAAUUUUUUAAGAAAGUUAUUACAGUUAUGUCCUGAUGCAUCAGAAGAAAAUUUUCUUAUUUAAAAAAAAACUACUAACAGCUGUGGUUUCAGCAAAGACUUUAGUAAACAGGCAGCAAAGUUGUGAUGUACUGAAUACAGUAGUAUAUAGGGCACUUUUUGCCUGCCAUUAAAAGCUUAUAAUACAGCAAAUUAGAUAGCUGUGGCACCCAUUUUUUCAUUGCACUUUAUUAAUUUUAAAAAUGUGGUGAAAUAUUGAUAAAAUUUAAUGUUGUAAGCUUGUGUCUUUGCUUUUUUAUGCAGAAAAGUGAAUGCAUGGUAAUUAGCAAUGUAACAAAUGCUUUUGAAUGUGAUAUCUUAUUAGUGGCUUAAAACUUCUAUUUUUAACAGAUGCAUUGUAAAAGCAGACUCUUGGCAUGUCACCAGGUGUCUUUUCUGUGGGCAUAUCAAAUGGAAGGAGAGACUCUUGUAAAAAAUAGCUUGGUUUUCUUUUCUUUUCCAUUCUUCAAUACCAGGUGGCGUUAACUUGCUGAUCAUGGGACAGACUAUUGGUACUGGUUAGGCUGUAUGUAGAAGUGCAAGUUCCCCUUUUUCAUGGCUUUAAUUUUUCAUCACAAGAUGAGUAAUUACCACUUUGAGAACUCUACAGGAGAAUGGUAGGUUAGGUGUUCUGUAACAGAUUUGUGGAAUCAGUACUUGCAGAGGAAGUGUACUUCAAAUACUCAUUUUCUCAGAGCGUUUCAGUGGAUUUCAGUGGAGUCUCACACUAUAGGGAUGCUGUAUUGGUUAUCUGUGUGAAUUCUUCAGUGGUAAGAAUUACAUCUCUGAAGCCUACUCUACCUCUAUAAAUACAUGCUAUCUUGAGUGAGCUCCAUAAUUUAAUAACUUAAUUGUUUAAAACAUAUAAUCCAUUGAAUAAUGAAAUAGAUGCACAGGAAAAUGAGGGGAGCUGGCUUCAUAUAUAAAUUCUUAACAAUUCCAAAUUAUGUACUAAAUUUUAUUAAAAGUUAAAUUAUUUACAGUGUUUGGAAGAGAAUGACUUCCAUCUUUACUUCAAAUAUUGUGGGAGAUUACUCAUACUGCAGAACUAACAGUCUAAGGGUAAAAGCCUACACGAGUGAGCAAAUGGAUUCAGGCAGCUUUACGAGGAGAGGAGGAGGAGACUUUGAGUACACACCUAGAGAUCCAGAUGUCUUCCUACUGCUGUGCUUGGGACAACAGCAGACAGAUACACAGCAGAAAGGUUUAGGUGUUUGUGUCUCUGUGAUGGACAUUGAAAUUUUAUUCUUUAGAAUUUUCAAGCUGUAAUACCAGUUGUUGAUUAUUGUAUGAAGAGGACUUUUUCUCAUGGCCUUGUGUGCGUUUAAGCAUAUGUAUGUACAAGCUUUAUGUAAAAGACCAUUUAAUAGAGAAGUCUGAAAAAUCGUUUUGUGUUGCUUCUGCUGAGCCACUCAGAAGAAAAUAAAGGGCUGCUUGACAAUUGCUCCAGCUUAGGGUCUGGUGUGCUGCUGGCUGCUGCUGAAAGCCAUCAAUAAAGCAAAUAGAAAGGGACUAGAAUUUUCAGAUGAAAAAGCGCAAGUGUAGAAGAGUUUGAAAACUAUUGCAAGCCCCUUUCAUAUUUUAAUACCCUACUGUACAACAGUGUUAUCUGGCUACAGGGAACUCCACGAGGGAAAGUUUGUUCCUGGUCAGAUUUCUCUGUCUUUGGAAUACAGACAGAAAAAGAACACUACUUCAUUGCUGAUACCCUGAUUGAUGGCAGUCAGAUGGAAAUAGUGGUAAUAUUUGUGAACUUUUAACCUUCAUCCAAACCUGGAUAAAAUCUGUGUUAGGUGAAGUUCUUAGGAUUUUAUGAAAGCAACUUGAAAGUUGUUUUUAUGGCAGAGAAGAUGAAAUAUGUGCUGCCUGGGUUGUUUAGAGAUCUGGGAUAAAGCAUCAAGUCAUACUUUUAGAUGGCAACACUUAAUAAGGUUUCUUAUCCAUUAAAAAUUUCUACUAGCUACCUCCUUUCAAAGUCUUGUUCUAUUUAUAAUAACCAAGCACUUUAUAGCUCAGUAAAGAAUGGAAGGUAGCUAUGAAGAAUAAAUCAUAUUGUUUGGUAUAAGAAAUAUUUUGGCAAAAUUUCUUCUGAGAACAGUUUCAUUGUGUGAUGUCCUGCACUGAGAGGGCAUCUGUUUAAUACAAAGUAUAUACAUUUUUAACCUAGUUUUAAGUAAAAGAAGUGUCUGUAAGAGAGUGAAGUACAAAGAGAUCAGCAUGGCUUCGUAUCAACCACGUAAUGAUUCAGUGUGCUAUUUAUAACUUCCUACUUACUGAAAUUGAAAAUAUAAAAGCAAAUAAAAUAUUCUGUAUUGUAUCUUUAUUUUUAAUCUGUGUGUGGGAUGUCAAACAUUGUACUUGUUUUGUGGACAGGACAUGCUUUUAUGAGCCUAUAAAUAUUUAAGUAUAUGAGAAUCUGCACCCAAAUGGAACAUGUUGCAUGUAAAUUGUCUUCUAAGUUUUUAAAUUUUGAUAUUUUUAAAAAUUUGCUAGGUUUGAAAGCAACAUUUCAAUAUGAACACUAAGCUGUAAUACAGAAUACAAAAUUUUGAAUGAAAUGUGGUUUUGUUUAUAGUAAUCCUAUUCCAGUUUCACAAGAAACAUCAAAUCAUAGGGGGAAGGGAGGAAAAGGGCUAAUCAUGAGCUCAGCUAUAUAAUUUGCACACUUAAUAUGCACACAUCCAAAUGUCCUGGAUUUGUUUCUAGCAUGCAUUUACCAAACAGUGUUUUCUUCAAUAUUGAAAGAUACCUAUUUAUGUAGAAUAGGCACAGCUUACCUGUUAUAAACCUGUUUGGAACAAAUGAGUUACAAGUUAGGCAUAAGUAAAGGAGCCUGUAAUUCGAAAAUGUUUAUAUAAUCUAUCUAAGAAGAAACUUGAUGAGUUUGUCUAACUAAUGUGCAGAGCAAGGAUGAAAACUGUAGAUUCUGCUAGACUGAUUUCUGGUAAAUCUUGACAAUCUGGUUUGCAGCAAAUUCUAAUACUGUCACAAAAUGUUAGGAUCACAUUAUUAAAUUCAACUAGUAAUGUGACCUGAUUGGAAUAGCAAUCCUUAUCAUGGCACAAGAACUUAAACAUGCAAUAUAACAAUUCUGAAGAUUGGUGAUAAAAGUAAUCCUUCAUAGCAAAGUAAAUUAUUAAGUAUUAUGGGUUUAAAUUUACUUUCUAUUACAAGAAAGAAUCUAAAUUAUUUGCUAGCAUUUCAGUGAUAUUGUUAAGCAUUUCUGUAUUUUGUUUUGAACAGUUUAGAAGCUUGCAUAAAAUUAUAUUGGCUGAUUUUUUUCCCCUUUGAUAUAUGCAAUAAUGUCAAUAAGCAAUAAAUUGCAUGUUGUAUGCAAGGUAUUGGUACAUCAUAAUAAAGGAAAGGAACACA